ACACUUAAUAAAAAUUGAUGGACAGCUCCACUAACUUCCUGCAUCAACUGAGUGAAUAAAUGCAGUGAGGCGAAAAGCACGCAUCUGUCUAAUAAUGGCUAAACGUCCUGCUGUAGAUCAGGAGCUUUCAGCGAUCCUGAAUGAGUUGUGGAAGCUGGACGUGAAUCGCGUGAAGCCGGGAAAAGACUACACCAUCAAUCUACAGGGGAAGGCUGAUUAUGUGGCCCAGGGCAGUAACAGUGCUAGAGACAAAGCCAAUGUUCCACUGUUCACGUACGUCAAUGAGGAUAAACUUAAAAGCAUUGCCACAUAUGCAAGUUUUAUAAACCUCUUGGACAACUAUGAGAUGUCCACAGGUGUGGCAGAGAAAGUGACUAGUGAGGAGCUGGAGGAGAAUAACAUCUUCCUCAAUGCCAUCCUACAGACCCAGGUCAUGAAGCGUGCACAUGGGUAUUUAGUCAGUAAAGGGCAAGCAUCCUCUGAUGUUGCUCAGUUUAAAAAGCUGCUCUUUGACAUCUGGUUCAAACUCUAUCACAGAGACAGAAGUGGAGGUGAAGACUCGUGUGGAUUUGAACAUGUGUUUGUUGGUGAGACCAAGUAUGGGAAAGAGAUCAUGGGCCUUCAUAACUGGGUUCAGUUUUACCUGCAGGAGAAGCUGAACUUUAUAGACUACAAGGGCUACAAAGCCAGAGAUAAAGACAUGCCAGAUGCGAACGAUCACGUCAUUAACCUGCAGUUCAGCUGGAAAGGCCUGGUGAAACCACUGGGCAGCUCCUUCAUUGGCGUCAGCCCCGAGUUUGAGGUGGCACUCUUCACCAUCAUCUUCCUCACCAGCAAUGAGCGUGUUACCAACGCCAUUGUCAAAGUAGACGAGUACUUGCUGGAGAUUGUGGUUUGUCGACAUGGACGUGCUAUUGGAACGUCCUAUCCCAAACUGCUCAGCAGCAACAACAGGGAUCUGUAGUUUCUCUACUGAUCAGGCUGUAAGGAUUUUAGUUUCUUCCAUAUGGCCUUAUAAUCCACAGCAUUAUUAGUAGUAGUAGUUGUAAUAGGUCCUAUAUUCAUUACACUUGGAAUUGUUUACAUGAUAAACUGUAAUUUCCAUUAUUGUAGUGCUGUUUUUACAAGGUCUAACCCUAAGUGCCUUCACAGAUUUAGUUGCAUCUGAAGAACUAAAACUUAUUUGAACAUGUUAUAGGUAUGCACUAUAUAUUAUACUGCUUUGGAUGUAAGUUCCAGGAUAAAUGAUUAAAAACAUUUUUAAAAAAAAAAUUUUAAAUACUAAAUAAACAAGCACAAAAAUGACACACAAACCUUCAAUGUGUCAAUGACAUCCAACGUUUACACGAUUGGGUAAUUAGGUUUAAAUUAGUCUUGUUUGUUGCAGACGGUGAUAAAGAUAUAAAGUUAUAGUCAUGAAUAUUUGUUAAUGGUCUAUUAGAAUUGAUAGAGUACUGUUUAGUACUACUUAACAACCUGAGAAUAUCUUCAGGUCCAAAAAUAUUCGUUGCUGUUGGAUCAGUGUGUAAUUUCGAAGGAAAACAAAUGUCUGUUUUCAGAAUACCCAUCUGUGUUUUGAAAGAAAAUAAACUGAAUUUGUGUCAUUUAAA